AUUUCAUUAUUACAUUUCCACAAUGAUAACAAAGGAGGGAAGAGAUUUGUCAUGGACUUGUUGAUUUUAUUGAAUUUUUUAAAUUCUCAAUUAUUUUUGUCAUGAUUAACUUACAUAAUAGUUGUAUAAUUUUUAUGAUAUUCUAAGAAAACUUCAUAUUUUGUGACUAGAUUUUGAAUGCACACCAAAUAAUGUUUGGAUAAAUAUAUUCUCAUUCAAUGGAGUAAGCACUCUACAGACACAAGAACUAUGAAUAUUAUGAUUUUGCUGUUCAUAUUUUAUUUUAAGUGUCGUAUGGGCCUUACCGAUCCAGUAUUUGAUCAAAAUGAAAUUUAUUACACAAAAAAUAUGAAUCUAAAUGGCGAUUUAUCAAAUCAAUUCCAUUUACAUGAAUCCUCAAGUUGGCCAUUUCCUCAUAAAAUCGAUCCUACUGUUGGUCAAAUUUCUGGAGUCUCUGUAAGCAAAAGUGGAUUAGUGUAUAUAUUUCACAGAGCUGAACGACAAUGGGAUCAAACAACAUUCUUAUACAACAAUGUUUAUAGUGAUAAGAGACGAGGACCAAUUACUAGUUCUACAGUAGUAGUCUUAAAUCCUAAAAAUGGUUCAGUUAUUAAUCGAUGGGGUGCUCAACGAUUUUAUAUGCCUCAUGGAAUUACUGUUGAUAAUGAAAAUAAUGUGUGGCUCACUGAUGUAGCGCUUCACCAAGUGUUUAAAUUUGGGCCAAGUACUGGAAAUAAUUCUGAAAACUUAUUAAUGGUUUUGGGGUCUCCUUUUGAACCUGGCAAUGAAUUGGAUAAGUUUUGUAAACCAACUUCUGUAGCUGUUACUAAUAAUGGAGAAUUUUAUGUUGCUGAUGGUUAUUGCAAUUCACGAAUAAUUAAAUUUUCUUCUGAUGGUCGAAUUUUGUUGGAAUGGGGAAGGUCUACUAAAGUCACAGGUGAAAUGGCUGUACCACCUUAUCAGUUAUGGAUACCUCAUGCUUUAACAUUAGCUGAAGAUAAAGGAUUGAUUUGUGUAGCUGAUCGUGAAAAUAGUAGAGUGUCAUGUUUUAAUAUUGAGAAUGGAACUUAUGUAUUUGAAAUAAUAUCACCAUUGUUUCAACGUGUUUUUAGUGUUGCAUAUUCACCAAUGGCUGGUGGACUUUUUUACAUCAUUAAUGAUCGAAAUUCAGAUAUAAUAUCGGAGUCAUUGGUAGAAGGUUUUGUGGUGAAUGCAUCUUCUCUUAGUUUAAUUGGAAGAUUUCACCCUGCUGACAAUGAAUUUAAUCGUCCUCAUGACAUGGCUGUAUCGCCAGAUGGCAAAUCCGUUUAUGUUGUUGAGCUUGUGCCAUCACAUAUAUGGAAGUUCGAGUUAGAUGUUUAUAUUCAAAAUUUAUUUUUGAAUGAAUUUUCUACUAUUGCAUCAAAUAAUGAUACAGACUCAUCAUUUAAUAUUUAUGGGUUGGAAAAAUUAUCUGGAAUUAGAGAUAAAUCAAGCAGAAAAAUUAUUGUAAUUAUGUUGCUGUUUGCUGUUGUAUUAUUCUUUAGUGCAGCAAUAUUUGCCACUGUUCUAAUAUAUUCUAGGACAAAAUCAAUUGUUCAUCGGAGGGACAAGAUAUCCGGUCGUUGGCAACCGCGGACUUCCAGUCCAGCAGAAGGUUUUACAUUGGGUAAUAUGUUCAAUUACAAACCUCAUGCCGGUUUCGAAAAACUAGCUAUGGUUGAAGCGAGCGAAGAUGAAGACGAUGAGUUCGGCGAAGAUGACAUAAAAGUGAAAACUUGAUUAGUAGCCAAAUGGUUUGUCAAGAAAUAGAAAGACCUAGGAACUUCUAUUUUGAUGAAUCGCGUGACCAAUUCCUAAAGAAUACAAUUCAUUAUAACAAGAAUGUUAAAUACGGAGAUUACAUCAUUUUUCCUGUUUGCUUAAAUAUUAACC